CCCACUAACCCUUUUUCAUCAUGUUCAUUAAUGAAUUUUCCAAACCACUUCAGUGUGAAUUUCUCUUCCCAACAUUUUUUACCCAAUUAUUUUUCCCAUUAAAGAAAUAUAUAAAAAUCAAACCUUUUCCUGAUGCCUUUAUUGCUCCUUUCAACAGAAAGACAAAAUCUCUUUUAAUUUGCUUGUUUUCUCUGUUCGCUUGCUCGUGCCUCCAACCCCCAAAUAAGCUAAAGCCCAGCUCUUUUGAAGGGGAAAUAUAUAAAUGGCGAUAAACUCGUCUUUCUCGUAAAUUUCUUGAAAAUACCCAGUUCAUUUAGGGUAGUCGAUCGGCGGUGGAUGGCGGUGGCUGCGGCGGCGGGUGGUGGUGUUUGAGUUAAACUCAAAUUGAUGAUAAACCGAAGCGCUUUCUUGGAGUCUUGAAAACUCCUUUUCCGAACAUGGGUUUUGCUCACUUUGGUUCAAUUGUUCUUCUUACUCUGUUCUUCAGGUCAAACUUUGGUCAACAACAAGAACAGCCCACACCCAUUCCCAAUACAGAUGAGUUCUUCAUCUCUGAUUUCUUUCAGAAAAUGGGUAUUUUAAAUUCUUCGAUUUCUAAUGUUUACAAUUUUUCUUCACCCGUUUGUUCAUGGCAAGUUGUUUUCUGUGAUGCCAAUCAAGAACAUGUCAUAGGUCUAAAUGCUCCUAAUUUGGGUCUUUCUGGUUCAAUCCCCGAUAACACAAUCGGCAAACUCACAAAGCUUCAAUCUUUGGAUCUAAGCAGUAAUCAGAUCACUAAUUUGCCUAAUGAUUUUUGGAGUUUGGGUUCACUGAAAACUCUUAAUCUUUCGAACAACACAAUCUCCAUGAAUCUUCCGAGUAACAUCGGAAACUUCGGUUCACUUGAAAAAUUAGACCUUUCGUUCAAUAAUUUCUUCGGUAGUCUCCCUGAAUCGAUUAGUUCGUUAAUCAGUUUACAAGUUCUUAAUCUCAAUCGAAAUGGGUUCGAUUCCACUGUUCCAUUGGGAAUCUUAGCAUGUCGUUCAUUGAUUUCUCUCGACUUUUCUUCCAACAGUUUCAAUGGAAGUCUUCCCGAUGGUUUUGGUUCGUCAUUUCCCAAACUCAAAAGUUUGAAUCUUGCUGGAAAUGAAAUGAAGGGAAAAGAUUCAGAUUUUUCGAAAUUAGAAUCUUUAAAAUACCUUAACAUUUCCAAGAAUCUUUUUCAGGGUUCUGUUGUUGAAAUCUUUCAGGAGUCAUUGGAAGUGGUCGAUUUGAGUAGUAAUCACUUCGAAGGUCUUAUUUCUCAGGUAAACUUUAGUUCAUUAGUUUAUCUUGAUGUCUCCGAUAAUGAAGUUAGUGGAGAAUUUUUCAGUAAUUUAAGUGAAACCCAUAAUCUCAAACACCUUAAUUUCGCCAACAACAGAUUUUCGAAGCAAAAUUUUCUCAAAAUCGAUCAAAUUCGUAGUUUAGAAUACUUAAACUUGUCCCACACGAAUCUAAUCGGCGGAAUUGGUGACCAAAUCUCGAUGUUAACUCAUCUGAAAACACUUGAUCUCUCGAGUAAUCAUCUCACUGGUAAAAUCCCACUUUUGACCUCAAAAACCCUCCAAAAUCUCGAUCUUUCUUUCAAUAAUCUAACCGGUGAAAUACCCAUUUCGCUCUUGAGAAAGCUUCCAUGGAUGGAAAGAUUCAACUUUUCUUACAAUAAUCUAACCCUUUGUGACGCACAAUUUUCCCUCGAAACCCUUCAUUCAGCUUUCAUCGGUUCAUCAAAUAGUUGCCCAAUUGCUGCAAACCCUAAUCUUUUAAAGACCAAAACUCAUACCCAUAAAGGACUCGAGCUUGCUUUAGCUUUAACCAUUUCAUUGAUCGUUUUACUCGGGGCAUUGCUAUUUUGUGCAUUCGGUUGUCGGAAAAAAACCCAAAUGUGGGCCCUAAAGCAAGAUUCAUAUAAAGAAGAACAAGUGAUUUCGGGUCCAUUUUCAUUCCAAACGGAUUCAACCACAUGGGUUGCAGAUGUAAAAGUUGCAAAUUUAGUCCCUGUAGUUAUCUUUGAAAAGCCAUUACUAAAUUUCACCUUUUCGGAUCUUCUAUCCGCCACUUCGAAUUUUGAUAGGGGUACCCUUUUGGCCGAAGGGCGUUUUGGUCCGGUUUAUCGCGGGUUUUUACCCGGUGGGAUCCAUGUAGCCGUAAAAGUUCUAGUUCUUGGAUCCACCAUGACCGAUCAAGAAGCAGCUAGAGAGCUCGAGUAUCUUGGAAGAAUAAAACACCCGAAUCUUGUUCCUUUAACCGGAUAUUGUCUCGCUGGUGAAAAAAGAAUCGCGAUUUACGAUUACAUGGAGAAUGGCAACUUGCAUAAUUUGCUCCACGAUCUUCCUCUUGGAAUUCAAACCACGGAAGAUUGGCGUUUCGAUACUUGGCAAGCAGAAGCAGAUGAAAGUAACGGUAUCAGUAACAGUAUUAGUAACAGUAAUAGUAUUGGUAUUCAACACGUGGGCUCAGGAGAUUUGUUGGCCACAUGGCAAUUUAGGCAUAAAAUUGCGUUAGGCACUGCUCGCGCUCUGGCGUUUCUCCACCAUGGAUGUUCGCCACCGAUCAUCCAUAGGGACGUCAAGGCGAGCAGUGUUUAUCUUGAUUUGAAUCUUGAACCAAGAUUAUCGGAUUUUGGACUCGCGAAAAUCUUUGGGAAUGAUCUUCAAGAUGAAAUGGCGCGUGGGUCCUUUGGGUAUGUUCCACCCGAGUUUUUGAAUCAAGAUGGAAGCUCGAAUAGCUCGUCACCAUGUGUGAUUACUCCAAAAUCCGAUGUUUAUGGAUUUGGAGUGAUUCUUCUUGAGUUAAUAUCGGGGAAAAACCCGGUUGAAGAUGAAUACCCAGAUGAAAAUAACUCAAAAGAUUCGAAUUUGGUGAGUUGGGUGAGAGGUUUAGUGAGGAAGAAUUGUGGGUUUUUGGCGAUAGAUCCAAAGAUUCACAACACAGGAAUCGAGGCUCAUAUGGUGGAGGCAUUGAAGAUUGGGUAUUUAUGUACGGCUGAUCUUCCGGCCAAGCGGCCGAGUAUGCAACAGGUGGUUGGACUUUUAAAGGAUCUUGAACCAGUCAUGAAUUAGUGAGAAUUUUAAUGUUUUUUUUUUCAUCUUUUUUGAGGUUGUGGUUUUUUUUUUUUGUUAGAUUGUUGUUAUGGUGUACAGUUUGUUUGAAUAUCUUUGAAGGCAACCGAUUCUAAAGAAGUUUUCGAUGAUUUAAACUUGUAAUCUUUAAGGUGUCGUCUAAUAUGAAAGGAUUGCAUAUCGUUCGAGCUAA